UAAGGACCAAUGUGAGAAAAUUUUGAAAGCACAAAAAUAGCGUAAUCAACUGCGCCUUCCAGCUCUCAAGUCUCAACAGUACUCUCAGGCCAAACUUGUCUCAAUUGCUAAUACUUAAAUCUUGCUAGUCUAAUUCACAUCUUAGACCAUAGAAAAAUGUCCAGUUUCACUAUGCAAAUCUUAACAAUAUCCUCAUUUUCCACUCAAAAGUACCCAUCUUCUGAUUUUUUCACUCAGCUAGUACCGAUAAAAUCUACAGCCAAACCAAGUAGGAGGAAAACAAGAAUGGAAAUUUUGGCCAUGGCUAGUGCUAAUUCAGAUAAUAAUGAAAACCCCACUAAGCUAAUUACCUUUUUAGGUAAAGGGGGUUCUGGGAAAACCACUUCUGCCAUUUUUGCUGCUCAGCAUUAUGCGAUGGCAGGGCUCAAAACAUGCUUGGUGAUACAUUCUCAAGAUCCUACAGCAGAAUAUCUUCUGAAUUGUAAGAUUGGGACAACGCCAGUAACAUGCAACGACUACCUCUCAGCUGUUAGAUUGGAAACUACAAAAAUGCUCCUUGAACCUCUCAAUAAACUGAAGCAAGCGGAUGCUCGUCUUAAUAUGACUCAAGGAGUUCUUGAAGGGGUGUUCGGAGAAGAGCUCGGAGUACUUCCUGGAAUGGAUUCCAUAUUUUCGUCCCUCGCACUCGAGCGGCUUGUUGGGUUUUUCGUAAAUGUCGUUCAACAGAAUAGCAAAAAAGAGAAAUUUGACAUUAUUAUAUAUGAUGGCAUGAGUACUGAAGAAACGAUAAGGAUGAUUGGUGCGACCAGCAAAGCAAGAUUAUACUUAAGAUAUCUCCGCAACGUAGCUGAGAAAACUGAUUUGGGAAGGCUGGCAAGUCCCUCUCUUUUGAGACUUGUAGACGAAGCCAUGACUCUAAGCGGUAGAAGUCUUAAUCUGAAUGGGAAAACGAGUUCAGAAAUUUGGGACUUUCUAGAACAAGUAUUGGAGAGAGGGUCUACAAUAUUUGCAGAACCGAAAAAAUUUGGUUGCUAUCUUGUGGUCGAUCGUAAUAGCCCUGCGUCUUUGGCUUGUGCUUUACGUUACUGGGGCUGCAUAAUCCAGGCUGGUGCACAGGUUUCUGGUGCAUUUGCUCUUGCAUCGCCAAAUUCAAGUGGAGAACUAGGAGCGACGAUUAAUGACUUUUCACCUUUGCCUUCUGCUUUCGUUCCACAUAUCUCAACGGCAGCCCAAUUGGAUUGGAAUAAUGUUUUGCAGCAUACUCGUAGUGAGAGUGCACGGAAUCUUCUGACUAUAACAGCUAAUAAGACCAGCAUUCCUCCUGUUAUUUUUGAUCCAGCCAACAAAACUGUCACACUUCUCAUGCCCGGUUUUGACAAAUCGGAAAUCAAGCUAUAUCAAUUUAGAGGAGGGUCUGAGUUGUUGGUAGAGGCUGGUGAUCAAAGACGUGUCAUUCGUUUACCAUCUCAACUUCAAGGGAAGGUUGGAGGUGCCAAAUUUGCAGACAGAAAUCUCAUUAUUACAAUGCGGUAACAGAUGAAAUCAAGAACCUUCACCUACAUGUUCAUCGACAAGCAUGCAGAGAGUCACUUCACAGCAGCUGGUGGACACUCAGUUUUAUGAGUUUCUUUUCUUUUCUUUUUGCUAUUGCACAAUGUUUGUACCCUGAAAUGUGCAAGGGUGAAUAUACUUAAAUUUCACAGAAAUGAGGAUUUUUGCCUAGUACAACUACGCCCCAGAAGAGGGACAGGUUUUCACUUUUUCCCCAAAAGCAGAACAAAUGAUACAGCAUCUUGACAACUUACUGCAUUUAAACAAA